GCUUUAGGGUUGCACUGUACUCUUCCUCUGCUUUUUUUCCUCAGAUGGUUCAGGAAGGCAGGGUACAGUUGUACCCAGAAGCUUGUCUAUGCCCAUCCCAAAUCUACAGCUGGUCCCGUGGAUCAUGGUAGAAUCAUAGAAUCACAGAAAUCACUCAAAGCAGGACCAUCCCCAGGUAGAUCUUAGUAGCCAAAGCUUUGUCAAACCAGGCAUGAAAACCUUCCAAGGAUGGAGAUUCCACCACCUCUCUGGGUAACUUGUUCCAGUGCUUUACUACCCUCCUAGUGAGAGUUUUUCCUGAUAUCCAACCUAAACUUUCCUUGCUGAAACUUGAGACCAUUGCUCCUUGUUCUGUCAUCUGCCACCACUGAGAACAGUCUAGCUCCAUCCUCUUUCCAACCUCCCUUCAGGUAGUUGAAGGCUGCUAUCAAAUCCCCCAUCAGUUUUCUCAUAAGCUUCCUUUUGUUUUUAAGCUCACCAAAGAGUUCUCUGCUGAGCCAAGCCGGUCACCUGCCAUGUUUGCUAUUCUUCCUGCACAUCGGGAUGAUUUGUUUCUGUGCCCUCAGUAAGGUUUCUUUAGAAUACAAUCAGGUCUCCUCAACUCUUCUCCCACUCAGGCUGACCUCCCAGGGGAUCCUGCCCAUCAGUUCCCUAAGGGAGUCUCUGCUUUUCUGAAGUCCAGGGUCCUUACUCUGCUGCUCUCCUUUCUUCCUUUCCUCAGGAUCCUAAACUCAAAUCAUCUGAACUCAGUCCUGGACUCGGUCAUCAACAGAUAUCAGGGUGUUUGAAGUCCCCCAUGAGAAUUAGGAGGACUUCUGUGAUUGGGAUACUGCAACUAGCUGUCUGAAGAAAGCCUCAUCUACCACAUCUUCAUGGUCUGGUGGUCUGUAGCAGACAUCUACCACAAUAUUACCCUUGUUGCUCUCCCCUCUGACCCAAACCCAGAGACUUUCAACAGGCCUAUCUCUAGUUUCAUACUGGUGCUCUGAGCAAUCAUAUGGCUCUUUUACAUAAAGUGCAACUCCUCCUCCUCUUCUUCCCCGCCUGAUCUUCCUGAACAGUUUGUACCCAUCCAUGACAGUGCUCCAGUCAUGCGAGCUUCCACCAAGUCUGUUAUUCCAAUCCCACCCUAGUUCUGAGACUGCAAAGACUUCCAGUUCUUCCUGCUUGUUUCCCAAGCUCCAUGCAAUUGUGUACAGACACCUGAGGUUGCCCUGUAACUUGAGGUUACAGACACCUGAUUGCCCUACUUGCUCAUGAAGGACAAGUGGGCAACCACUUGCCCCCUCCUCCUUUUGUUUCUUCCAGGUCUCCCAUUUUCAUUACCUCAGGGCUUUGGUCUCUAUCCCCCAGGAAACCUAAUUUAAAGCCCUCCUCACUAGGUUAGCGAGUCUGUCUGCAAAAAUGCUCUUCCCUCUCUUCAUUAAUUGGAUCCCAUCUCUUCCUAGCAAUCCUUGAAAAAACAUCCCAUGGUCAAAGAAGUCAGUAACCUGGAUUACAGCCUGCAGUGCACUGAAAAGUAACAAUUGCAGUGUUCAGUUUAGACUGAUUGACAAAGUCAGUUUACUGAGGGCACAGACACACUUGGAGAAGUUUUAAAAGGGGAGUGUUACAAAAGGGUAGCAGCUGAUACAUUCAAAUUGUUAGGUGUAGACAACCAAAAUGUAGCAAAUACACUUCAACUUAAGGCUGGCUCCAGCAGUAUUGAAGGAUUUUGCUACAUUUGUAUCAUUCCAGGCUUGUCUGCACCCACAGUGGAAAGUAACAGCUGCUGCCCUUUUGAAAGGCCUCCAAAUGUAGGCAUGUGUCCUACCCUGAGUGAUUGUUACAAUGUGAUCAGUUGCGAAGGAGCUAUUUUUUUGCAGAACCUGAUAGGAAUUAAGGUGAUGCUGGAUUAAUGUUGCUGAGUUUAAUGGAUCUGGCAAAGCUCAAGGAGUGGUGAAAUGUAUGGUCAUAGCACAUACUUGAAUAAAGGCACAGGCCAGUUUUGGCAGCCUCCAGAUCCAGAACUGCAGGACAGAAGUCCUUUAUGGGGAGAGAAAUCUGCACAACUUCCUGUAUUACAUUGGCUUGGGGUUAGGAAAUUGGAGGAGACUGAAGCUGGUUGAGCAGCUGCAGAGGUAGGUUAGAAGAGACUGAUGAAUACUGUGAACAUAGUUUCAUAGUUGAUAGGGUUGGAAGGGACCUGAGCAGAUCAUCAAGUCCAACCCCCUGCCAUGGCAGGAAAAAGUACUGGGAUCAAACGACCCCGGCGAGGUGUCGUGAUUCUGUGGUUUUAACCAGGCUUUUUUUUCCUGAACUGAAUGUCUCCAAACUCUUCCCACUCCCUCCAUCACAAUCUGUAAAGCACCUAUACAGGAGGGCCCUGCCCUUGGUUGACCCUAAGCACUACUGUAAUAGACAUGAUUGAGGCCCAUGGCACAUGUUCAUUUAAUAGUGUAUUGGGAUCCGUUCCUUUAUUCCAACAACUGAACCUUCCGUCAUGUCACAUGUGCUGAGCAGGAGGCACAAUUUUGGGAUCAGGGUUUGAAUCCUGUUCCCAGGCUCCCCCUGCACAGCCAAGUAGGAAGCUUGGGUGCCUGAUGAACCAGCGUGGUCCUGGGGCUGAGACCACUGGUCAGAUGAUUAGUAGUCCCAGCCCCAGGACUACACAGUAGUGUCAAACUUGCUCUGUUGUGGUCCUGUGGCUGGGAUUGACAAUCAGCUGAUUCUGCACCAGAGCCAGUCCCAGAGCAGCUGGAAUCAGGCUGCAUGGUUGGGACCUGAAACCAACUGUAAAAUUACAGUAUUAUACAUUUUGUGGAAUAAUUUUGUGGUUUAUUUCCUUUUUUAUCAUGCCAUUAAUUGUAUGAAUGUGUGGCUGACAUACUAUUUAAGACGUGAUUAGCUGGUCUUUUUGAGUUCUUUACAACAAAAUAAUUGUUUUAGUAUUUUCAUGUUGUGAAAAAUGAGUGAAAACUGAGAGCCAGCAUUUUCUAAGGGUCCCUUGAAUCUGAAAAGGUUGAGAACCAUUGUGAUUCUUAACAUUUUUAGUGUCAAGGGACCCCUUAAGUGUAAUGUCUUCCAGGGGCCUAAUAGUGAUGAGCUGAGGAUGAGCAGGGAGAGUGGUGACAUGCAAAGCUAGAGCAAUGUGAAAGAGGUAUGAAGCAGAGAGAGUUGUAAACUAAAAGAUUUGGUACUGGAGAUAAAUGAGUCCUUGUCCUUUCACAAGAAAAGGAAAUGGUUAUUGUUUGUUCCAAAAUUCAGAUUAAGAAGUAAGACCACAAAUACUGAGGCAGCUGAAUCAGGUUACUUUAAUAAAGAGUCAAGUACAUACAUUAAACUCCCUUAGGCCAGGAAAUUAAAAUUAACUUCAGGUAGUCAUGAAAUUAUGCUUCCUUUAACUAAGUUGCUGUAAAUGGUACAGUGAACAAAUUGAAAGAACAACUGGUAUGUGUAUUUGUUUGAAGUAUGCUAAUGAAUUCCCAGGCUUCGCAGACAGAAUUAUUUUUUAGACAUUCGAUUUCAUUGACAUUCAGAGUGGAAGGGACCCCGGAGGAUCAUCGAGUCCAUCCCCCUGCCCCAGGGGCAGGAAGUCAGCUGGGGUCAUAGGAUCCCAGCAAGAUAAACAUCCACAUUUCUCUUGAAGGCGUUCAAAGUGGGUGCUUGAACCAUCUCCAGCGGCAGGCUAUUCCAAACCUGGGUGGCUCGGACAGUAAAGAAGUUCUUCCUUAUGUCUAGCCUGAAUCGGUCAUGAAGGAGUUUGUGACCGUUCAAUCUUAUCAUCCCUUGGGGCGCUUUGGUGGACACCCCUGAUAAACUUAUAGGUGGCCACCAGAUCGCCCCUGAGCCUGAGCUUUUCCAGGCUGAAGAGUUCCAUGGCUCUCAGCCUCUCUUCAUAAGAUCUGUUUUCCUGACCUCUGAUCAUGUGCAUGGCUCUCCUCUGCACUCUCUCAAGCGUCUCCACAUCCUUUUUGAAUUGUGGAGCCCAAAACUGGACGUAGUACUCCAGCUGCAGCCUCACCAAGGCCGAGUACAACAGAAGAAUGAUGUCCUGGGAUUUGCUUGAGAAGCACCUGUGGAUGCAAGCCAGUGUUUUGCUCACUUUACUAGCCACAGUAUCACAUUGAAGGCUCAUGUUCAUCUUGUGGUCAAUCACGACCCCCAAGUCCCUUUCAUCUGUAGUGCUAACUAGAGUAGCACUGCCGAGCCUAUAACCAUGCUGCAGGUUUUUCUUCCCAAGGUGGAGAACCUUGCAUUUUUCAGUGUUAAACACCAUCAGGUUUUCAUCCGCCCAUUUCCUGAGCCUGUCAGGGUCUGCCUGGAUCACCCUCCUGUCCUCAGGUGUGAAUACUUUACCCCAGAGUUUGGUGUCAGAAGCAGACUGGCCAAGUUUGUCGAUGACACCAAUGUCCAUAUCACUGAUGAAGGAGUUAAAUAGUAUAGGCCCUAGGACAGAGCCUUGAGGGACCCCACUGGUCACAGUGCACCGCGACGAUUGACUUCCGUCAACCACCACCCUCUGGGUCCUACCGCAGAGCUAAUUCCCCAGCCAGCGGAUCAUGGUAAAGCUGAGGCCACAGUUAGCCAGUUUUGCCAAGAGGUGAUCAUGGGAUACCAGAUCAAAGGCUUUUUUUGAAGUCAAGAUAUAUGACAUCAAUCUCUUCUCCCUUGUCCAGGUGAUGGGUCACCUGGUCGUAAAAGGAAAUAAGAUUGGUCAAGCAAGACCUACCCGCAACAAACCCGUGCUGGCUAUCCCUCAGGAUAUUGUCGUCAGCUAGUCUGUUAAGAAUGGCCUCUUUGAUAAUCUUUUCCAAGAUCUUCCCCAGGAUAGAGGUCAGGCUGAUAGGCCUGUAGUUUGCCAGACCUACUUUCCUCCCUUUCUUGAAGAUAGGCACAACAUUGGCCUUCUUCCAAUCUUCAGGCACUUCACCAGAGCGCCAGAAGUUCUCAAAGAUCUGUGCCAGGGGCUGAGCUAUGAUGCUAGCUAGCACCUUGAGUACCCUGGGGUGUAAACUGUCAGGACCGGCUGACUUGAAGGUAUCCAGCCUGUCAAGGUGUUCCUUUGCAGGAUCAGCUUUGAUGGAGGGUAAGGAAUCUUCCUCACCCAGGCAUCCCUGUCCCGCAGUGGGCAGGGGCGUCCCAUGGGUCUGGUGAAAAACUGACACAAUGUACCCAUUUAACAAGUUGGCUUUUUCCUGGGCAUCUGUUGUCAGUUGUCCCAUCUGGUUUAACAGGGGUCCAAUGUUUCCCUUGCUUUUCCUCCAGCUCCCCACAUAUCUAAAAAAGGACUUUUUAUUGUCCUUGAUACUUGUAGCUAGCUAGAUUUCUGUGACAGCCUUGGCUUUCCUGGUUUGCUCUCUGCAGGUCCGGACCAGUGCAGAGUAUUCCUCCUUGGUGGUGGUUCUAAGUCCUCCAUCCUUUGUAGGUCUUCCUUUUAAGACGCAGGAGGUCCACUAGUUUGUGGCAGAGCCAAGGGGGCUGCUGUGCCCUUUUGCUGCCUUUCCUCCGAGACGGGAUAUUCUUUGCUUGUGCAUCCAGGAUCGCUCCCUUGAGGAGCAACCACUCGUCCUGAACUCCCCUCUGCUUUGGGUUGUGUCCCUUUAGGGCCUCACUGACAAGCCUCCUGAGCUUGUCAAAGUCAGCUUUCCUGAAGUUGAGGACUCCUGUAUUACUGACUGACUUGCCAGCUUUACGGCAGAUGGUGAAGACAAUCAGCUCAUGGUAACUGUCACCCAUCUUCCCUUCGAUGAUUACGUCGCUGAUUAGGUCGACCCUGGUUGGCAGUACCAGCUUUGAUGGAGGAGUGUCCUUGACCCAAAGAGAGUACUGAAUUAAAAGGCUUUGUCUGUGGAGGUUCUUCAGCAACAUUUCCUGUUUCUCAGGACAGCUUUCCUGGCCACAGAAGGCAGAGGAGGAGAUCAAGGACUCAGAGUGAUGUCAGAACUCAGUGAUGAAGCCAGUGAAUCAGAGCUGCUAAGCCGCAGCCUUUCCAUGUGGCAUGGCGUAGGUCAAAUGCUGUGUCGAGAAGAAUUGGAUAUUCCACUGGAUCUACACACAGCCUCCUCCAUUGGCCAAUAUGAAGUGGUUCAGGAAUGUAUUCAGCGAGGAGAUGCAGAUUUGAAUAAGAGAAACUGUGGUGGCUGGACCCCGCUGAUGUAUGCCUCCUACAUCGGCCAUGAUACAAUUGUGCACCUUCUGCUGGAGGCAGGAGUGAAUGUAAACAUCCCAACACCAGAAGGGCAGACUCCACUCAUGCUGGCCUCCAGUUGUGGCAAUGAGAGUGUUGCCUAUUUCCUCCUCCAGCAAGGUGCAGAGCUGGAGAUGAAGGAUAUUCAUGGCUGGACUGCCCUUUUCCAUUGCAUCAGCACUGGACACCAACAGAUGGUCAAAUUCCUAUUGGACAAUGGGGCUAAUACCAACUGCAGAGAGCCACUGUAUGGAUAUACUCCUCUGAUGGAAGCAGCUGCUUCUGGCCAUGAGAGAAUUGUCCAGUAUCUUCUCAAUCAUGGUGUGAAAGUAGAUGUGAGAGAUAAUACUGGAACCACAGCACGGACACUGGCCAUGAAGUAUGGACACAUGAAGAUUGUGGGACUGAUAGACCUUCACACAGCCCCUGUGCCCAAGGUCUUCUGCAGGGGCCCAGGAAAAUAUGAAGAUCUGAGCUCAUCAGAUGAAUCAUGCUCUGUGCCACAGAGACAAAGACCUGUUCGUAAGACCAAGGGCCCUAGCAUCCAUGAGGGGCCCCAGGCUUUGGCUAAGAUAACAGCGGUUGGAAUUGGAGGGAAGAAGCAAUCUCGAUAUGAACAGGUCCCUCUUCAGGGCUAUGUUACAUUUAAUGAUGAUGGCAGCUUUGAAGGAGAGGCUCUCCGGUACCGGGAUGUCACCUCUCCAAUCAAUGAACAGGACGUGGAGAGCAGUAGCAGCAGGGAAGAAAACAUGUGCUCCACAAGAAACUUGACAACAGUCAGAAGCAGCAGCAGCAGCAGUGAAUGUCUGGCCAAAGCCCUUGGGGUGAGCAGUGAAGGGUCGCUGGAGAGCAAUGAGGACUCUGACCAUGCCAAAAAGCUCUCCAGUCGGAAGCAAGCAAAAAGCUACACAAAGGUCAAGACCCGUUACAGCAGCAGUGACAGCCAGUGGUCGCACAGCCCUGGAAAAGCCGGAGCAUCUAGUCAGCAAUGCAUGGUCCAUAACCUCCCAGAGCCUCCUGCCUACACAGGGCCCCAGGAUUUGGCAACAUUUCUGGAGCAGAUUGGGUGCCUGAAGUACCUCCAGGUGUUUGAAGAACAGGAUGUUGACCUCCGUAUCUUUCUGACCCUUACAGAGAGUGAUCUGAAGGAAAUAGGCAUCACUCUGUUUGGACCCAAGAGAAAGAUGACAUCUGCCAUUGCUCGAUGGCAUAGCAGUGCCCGGCCACCCAGUGAUGCCCUAGAAUUAGCGUAUGCAGAUCGGCUUGAGGCUGAAAUGCAGGAGCUGGCCAUUCAGUUGCAUAAGAGAUGUGAAGAGGUGGAAAUGAUGAAGGGACAGGUGUCCCAGGAGCAGGAGUUGCGCGCUGUGGUUGAGAGCUGUUUGAUGGAGCGAGAUAUGGCCUGGAAUGAUGUCCAGCUUCAGCUGCAAGAGGCACAGGCCAUCACGAGAGAUGUUGGGGUCUUACUAGAGCAGAUCAAAGCCUGUCAGACUGAGCUGUCCUCCCGGCUGAAUCAAGAACAUGUGGCUAGCAGGAGGCUGGAGACAAAGGCACAGCUGAGAAUGGGUCUUGAAGAAUGGCCAGCUUCCUUGAAAUCCUUGAGCUUGCCUGAGCUGUCAACUCUCCUAGAGGAGUGUGUGGGAGAAAUGGGGAAAGCCCUACAGUCUGUGACUCAGAACCUUACCAGGCUUCAGGACCAGGGGCGGAACAAGCAGAACUGGCCAGAGCCCUAACAGAAGAAUGGAGUUCUGACGUCGGGUGACUGUUCCACCCGGAAGCUGAGUGAGUCUGGGAGAAUGAGCACGUGGGCUGGUCCGACAGUACAGAUCCUUUCCUCUCUGAGAGCGCAGAGGGAAGUUGAGGAGGCAGCAGGUGCCUGGAGGAUGGUGUUGAUCAGCUGGGAGUAUGCUUCAGAGAGCAAGAGACAGCAGAGAAGAGGAGUCAUGUGAGCAAGCAACCCCAUAGUCCCAAGACAGUUGCUUUCCUCAUGCCAAGAGUUAGUGCAUUAGCUGAAACUUUGAGAAUGGAGGAGUCAGUUUGCCUCUGGCCUCUCCUGGAGACCCUACCUACUUUGCCAUUCAGGGUCAUGUGAUUUUGAAGAGCUAACUAUAGUCAACCAGCCAGAUUUUCCCACCUUCCCCACACUUCUCUGAACCCUUGUAACACUUCCCUCUGCUGUGUGAUAUCUGCCAGGAGCUGCCCCAGGAAAUGUACGUUGAGCAGCAGUGGAGGCUGGACCAGUGUUGGCUAAUGGGUGCAGCCCUAGAGGUUGAAGGAGCCAGAGCUUCUCAGGCCAUUUCAAGAGUUUGGCCUGCUUAUUGAGGCUUGUACAAUCUGAAGCAAAAGCCUUUGUCCCUGCCCAGUUACCUUAAGGAGUAGGAUCCAGUAGCCCAUAUUCUGUGUUGUGCAGCUCUAUUCUGUUAAGAGCUGCUUCUUCCAUCAGACUGCUGUGGCUAAACUAUUAGGCUUCUGCCUCCAUGGAUGUCAGUUUUAAUUUAUCUGCAUCCUGCUAGGCCCAUGCACUCCCUCCUUCCCUAUAAAGAGCUGCCUGGGUGCCCCCCAGGCAGUGGGGCCUGACAUGUGCCCUUGAUUUUUCUCUCAAGCUUAAAACAGCCCAUGUGACUCCUGGGUUAACUCUUCAAGAGGGCAGCUGUGAGAGGUGCCUCCAUGCUCCCUGCCAUGCUGAGUUAGCCUACUCCCAGAGGUUUCAGACACAAACAGCUUCCCCUGCUGCUAUAACACAGACCCCUUGAAAGUGUGCCCAACGUGCGAGUUAGAAGCACUGCAAGGAGGUAGCAUCUACUGCUCUUGCCUGCUGUGAAUUCAGGCCUGCCCUCUAUGCACUUGUGUGUGACAGGUGCUUAGUCAUAUUGGGCAUUGGGAGCAGGGGUCUCAGCCUUGCACUGGGCACUGUAAAAUGUCCCUCUCUGGUCAUAUUCUGACCAUUGGUCUCACAACCCAUCCCUUCCAGUGCUGGCCUUAGCUAAGGCUGUUUUCUGAGUCCUCACUCUCUCCUCCAACAUCAAGAGUGCCCAUCUUGAAGGAUCACUUCCCCACACUAUAAAAUCUCCUCUUCCCUCCUGUGAGAACUAAGAACUUGCCUUCACACCUGCCUCAGCCUUGGGCUCCUGUUCUUGUUCCACGGGCUGGGAGGUGCAGUGGAAAGCAGUUACAUCUCUUUACUCUGCUCUCAUGCAGGCUGGAAGUGGGGUAGAUAGGCUCUCUGAGCCACGAGCACAGAAGUGAGGAGAAACAGAACAGGGCUCUCUGAAGAGCUGAGCAAAAGAAACCUUCCUAGCCUGCAGCUCUGAAAAUGCUGCAAGCCUUCAAGCACUUCCCUGCAGUAUGCCUUUUGAUGCCAGGCAUCCCUCUAGAAGGCACUUUCUUCAGUAUCUGUCCUUGCAUCUCAGAAGCUGGGACUUCUCAAAGAGCAAGUGGGAACUCCAUUAGCAGACGCCACAGAAGGAGACUGCCUGCACUAGGUACUUAACCCAACCUCCAACACCCACAUGCUGCUCUGUUCCUUGGAGAUGUCUGGCCUCCAGCUUGUCUGUAGCUAGAGUUGCUGUGGUUGCCAGUUGCUCCAGGAGCUGGUCCCCACCUGUAUGCAGGCUCACAGGGCUCAGUGUGACUUGUUUCUGUGAGGUGACUUCCAAUACUGUGCAGUGAUUUGUGCCUUGACUUUGUGUGCAUUGCCAAGCCUCUGGCAAAAGACUGUAGCCCUGCUGCGGGACGCUUACAAUGCAGUGGUUGUUCUUAACUGAUAAAAGGGAAGGAUGCUGGA